AUGGCUCAAGUGGGACGGCUUCUUGUAAGGCAAUGGCCGAUGCUGCAGCAGCAUUCCUCUACCUUCCACCAUCUUCUCUACUCGCCUUUACUUCCAGUAAGCACCAAAACUGGUUCCCAUCGUUUCUCUUUGACGAAAGUGCACUUGGCUACUCGCGGCGUCCAUAAAUUGUUACGCGGACUCAGACCCUCCGACUACCAAGAUGCUAACAUCGGCAGUUCGGGUUCGGGUUCGGGUUCGGAUUCGGAUUCGGUUACAUAUAAGAGCCGCAACGAGUUGAAGCGCCACGCCCGCCGUGCGGUCCGCUGGGCUAUGGACCUCUCCUCCUUCUCCACCCCUCAAAUCAAACGCAUUCUCAGAGUGGCUUCUCUGGACCAAGACGUGCUGGAUGCUCUGAUUCUAGUGAAGAAAUUUGGACCUGAUGUCCGAGAAGGGAAGCGAAGGCAGUUCAAUUAUAUUGGAAAAAUGCUGCGAGACAUAGAGCCGGAUUUGAUGGAUGCUUUAAUUCAGGCUACAAAAGACAGUGACGAAAGUAAGCUGCAAGCUUUAUCUGGUCCAGAGACGUUGAGCAUUGAUGAUAAUGAGGAGGAAGAAGAAGCGGAAGAAACUGAUUUUGAGGAGGAAGAAGAUGGUUCUCACAUUGAUGUAGCUACCAGAUGGUUUGACGGUCUGAUCAAAAAGGACGUUCAGAUCACCAAUGAAGUAUAUUCAAUUUCGAAUGUUGAGUUUGACCGCCAGGAAUUGCGAAAACUUGUCCGUCGAGUGCAUUCAGGUUUGGAAGACAAAGUCAAUUCAGAGGAGAAUGGGGGAGCGAAAGAUGCAGCGAGAGUGAGUGCUGAAAAGUCACUCGCCAGGUUCCUUCGUUCCCUUGCUAAAAGUAGCCUAGUGAUUGAUAUGUGA